UGGGGACAGGUAAGAGGGGGGGAGGCGGAGGAAUUAAAGCCAACCCACACGCAGAUCAGACUUUACUGCUCGGCUUUGUCUCUCAUUUGUGUUCGACCCUGAAUACGACUGGGCCAAAGCUCAGCGCUCACUCCUCAGGACAAUAGAAAGAAAGAAGACACUGAACUAGAUGUUCUCUGGAGCUUAAUCUUAUAGAUUGUGUGUGACACGCCGGAGACAGGUGAAGGCCCUGAGACCAUUCAACAGUGCCGCCGGAUUCUUAACAUUGGCAAUGCCACACUGAGACCUUAAAAGUCAAUAUCAGUUUUAAUUGACCCAGAACAACAUGGCGACCAGGAAGGCCGAGUUCCAGCGAAGGAUUGUGUCCAAAGAUGGCCACAACAACGUGCGGAUCGACAACGUGGAGGGCAUGGUGAAGCUGUACCUGCACGACAUCUGGACCACCGUGGUGGACAUGAAGUGGCGCUACAAACUCACUCUGUUCGCCUCCACCUUUGUCACGACUUGGUUCAUCUUCGGGGUCUUUUUUUUCUUGAUCAGCAUGGGCAACGGAGACUUUAAGCCCGAUCUGAACGCCAACCACACGGCCUGCUUGGCGAACGUGGAGACCCUCACCGGAGCCUUCCUGUUCUCGCUGGAGUCUCAGACCACCAUCGGUUAUGGGUUUCGUUACAUCUCAGAGGAGUGCCCUCUGGCUAUCUUCACUCUGGUGGCGCAGCUCGUCAUCACCGGCCUGGCAGAGAUCUUCAUCACCGGGGCCUUCUUGGCCAAACUGGCUCGCCCCAAGAAACGGGCGGAGACCAUCAAGUUCAGCCAGUUUGCUGUGGUCUGCCGGUUACAGGGAAAGCUGUGUCUGAUGGUGAGAGUAGCCAACAUGAGGAAGAGCCUUCUGAUCCAGUGCCAGCUAACAGGAAAGCUCCUCCACUCUAAUAUGACAGAGGAAGGCGAGAAGACCCAAAUCCACCAGAGCUCUGUGGACUUUCACAUGGACUCCACUGCAGAGUGCCCCUUCCUCAUCCUUCCGCUCACCUUCUACCACGUUCUGGACGAGCACAGCCCGCUGGCCGGACUCAAUGCUGAAAACCUGCACACUCGGGAUUUUGAGCUGCUGGUGACCCUCAACGCCACCAUGGAGUCGACGGCCGCCACGUGCCAGAGCCGCACCUCCUACGUACCUCAGGAGAUCCUCUGGGGUUACGAGUUCCAGCCGGUGCUGUUUAGCAGCACAGGCGGCCGUUAUGUGGCAGAUUUCAACUUUUUUGACAAGGUGCAAGUGAGCAAUGAUGCAGCCUUCCUUAGUCACAACACAGAGAAGCUCAAACUUGGAGAGGGCUUUAAGAAAGAAUAAAGGAUGCAUGUGUUGUUGUGCUGCUCCUGUUUGAUGUAACAGUGAUAUGUCAUUUCGGCCUUGAUCAGUAUACGUCGUAGUAGUUGCGCAUAUGCAUGGUUCAGCUCGACUCGACUCACUUUUGGUAUCAGGUGCUUUUCUCUAUUUCGUUUAUCACUGUGGAUUGUAACCCCCCUCAGUGUAGGCAAGAUUCUCAAAGGGCAUCUUGCACAUUUAUCAAAGUCAAAGUUGGAAUGUUAGGUGCUCUUCAUUGAUGAUGGGGUAUCAUUUCUAGUAGAAGCACACCAUGCAACACUAGCUAUUGACAAUUCAGGCGCCAACAUCUUAAAUCUGAGUUUCCUUCUCACUUCAGCAUGCGUUCCCGUGAACAUGACCGAGGUGGUACCAGGAACUUUGCACAAACCAAAAAUAAAGAGUCAAGUAGAGCCGUGCCGUACCAUGCAGUGUAAAUGUGGCAUUUCCUUACGGAAAUGACCCAUUAUUCAAACACAUGGUAUUUUAUUCAAUUUGUAUACAAUUACUUUAACAUUAGAUCCCCCAUCUCCCUUUGCCACCCGCCCUCCCUUCUUCCCCCUCACACAUAGGCCUAUAACAUCCCCCUCUGCCUAUAUAAGUAAGGGUUAAUGCCCUUCGAGGUGUCCAUUGUCAGGUAUUAAACAGAGAAUUUAUAAUAAAGGGAGAACUUCCAAUCUCUGGAUAUUUCCGGCUUCUGAACUGGUUGCUGUUUUACUCUGGCUCCAUAUGAGGACGCUCACAUGUGAGUGCAGAAUGAAUGGGGGUCUAUGGAGCUAUAGCCUUCAAAAUCCACUUUUCUUAGGAUAUAUUUUUUUGCCUAGUCAUUGACGUGUUUAAAAUUGAAUUCAUUAGCAGAAUGCCAGCGUGUUAAGGGCAACAACAACUCAACCUGUAUGAAAUCAAAAGGUUCGUUCAUUCAAUUUUCGACCUGUAAUCCAUGUUGAACUUGCAAAAACUACACUUAAAUCUGAGAUUUCUCAAUGGCCUUUUGGCCGAAAGAGACUAAUUUAGCCGUCUAGCUCCAUAGCGUCCAAUUCAUUUUGCACUCGCCUGCGAUCACCCCUAGGGGAUAUCUGGUGGAACUGCAACCAAAUUUGGUACAAUGGGGUUAAAUAGGGAGGGAACAGACUCUGCGUAGACGGGCUUUGUAUUAAUGGACGAUGGCGUUGGCGCGAACGGUCUGUAGCGCAGCGGUUGGAAUGCCUCCGCCAAACUUCAUAAAUACCUGACAUUAGACGCCGUGAAGAGCAUUAAACCGCUUAUAGAAUGGCCACUUGCCAAAUAACAUUUGUGUUUACCAUUAUUUUAUAUUUUAAUGCAUUUUACAAUCGAAAGCUAAAAGUUUUUCCAAACAGUAACUCUGCUUCCCUGGUUACGCCUGAGGAUUUAUACCUGGAACAAUCAUUCCCAUCCCAUAAGGUUCUUAUGCAAUGCAAACGUUGUUAACUGCUCCAGUAAAUAGGACGGGCCUUAGAUGACUUGACACCCUUAGCAAUGGGAGAUAUUUAUAGUCCACUCAGCUCAUAGAAUCUUUCAGCUCAGACAGCUACGAGCCAGAAAGCAAAAGUCAAAGUCAAUGACAUUGUGUACAGUUGUCAAUCAGUAAAUAUAAUUUGACAGCAUGUUUAACAACAAGACAGUUAGCUACUCAGCCAGGUCAUUGUCCCCAUGACAAUAUUUUUACGAACAAUCAUCCGCAAUGUGUACUGUCGGCCGCAGCCUGAAGUAACGUUAGCAACCUGAACCGUAAAAUGAAAGAUAAGAGGAGUGAAAAAGACAUCAAAGCACUUACACAGGCUCCUCGUUAACAUGCACAGGCCUACACAUAGGCCACAUUAACCUUAGGUACACAUACAAGGUCACAAUAAAUAAUGUAUUAUUAGUUUUUAAUUUAUUCAGUUUUGACUUUUAUUUUAGUUGGUUUUCAGAGUGUGUUUGGUAGUUUCUUUUCAGGAGGGUUUAGUUUGUAGACAUUUAGUUUUAGUUUGUUUUUGUCAGGGUCAGGUAUAAUGACUCAGACGCUUUUAGACACAUAUGUACUCAAAAUACAGGGAUGGAGAAGUGUGUAGGAAUGGCCGUGACGUUUUGUGUUUAACCUUCUCGCUACUUUAGUUUCAGAUGUGAACAACUUACAGCGCAGCCACAUCCCCUGUGAUAGAAGUCUGUUCAAUUUCUGU